AACGCUUUCAAUAUUGGAUUCUUGAAAAAUAGACGCCCUUGCGCUCUCGCUCCCGCUCCCGCUCUCGCUCCACGAACUGGUUACCUAACUCGAAACUACCACGAAUUUUGUCGCUAAACGGUUAGAUGACCUUACCGAUCUUCAUGAAGCAUAUUUCAUAUUGGGUUUCUCAGUAAUCGUAGUCGGAUGAAUGUAGCGGUGACGCGGGCAAGAUGGCAAUGUUGUUUUGGAAGUGGCUGAGUUCGUUCCGUUGUGAUGAGGUAGGGCCACUUUAUAUAUGUUAUGCCUUCGGGGUCGGCAAUUAUGGAAGAAUGUGUGGUAUUUGCAUUGCAUGUGAAGAUGCGGCGGGAAACGUGAUGAUAUUUUUUUUAUAGAAAGAGCGAAGCGUUUAAUUUAUAUUAACUAAACGUUCAUGAGAGGUUCCCAUUACAUCAUGGCAAAGCCAUUGAAUUAAACCAAAAUCUCGCACAUUGAGAUUGUGUGUACCAAAAUGGAAUUCAUGAUCGAGAUUCACCAAGUAGGCAGCUGCAAAAUUGGCCUCUCUGUACACGCGAUCGAUUUUAACUUCCCAUUCGAGAUUGAGGAGCUGUUUGAAUUGGUGAGCAAUGCUGCCAUGUCUGUGAUCUUCAUUGUCUCUGUUUCUUAUAACCUCAAUAGCCGUAGUGGAGUCCAUCUUGAGGUGUACCUUUCGAUAGCCCUUGUUCCAAGCAAUUUUGAGUCCCUCUGCUGCGCCCUUUAGUUUUGCUGCAGUGGUGGAGCAUCUCCCAAGGUUGCAGGUGAAGACUGUUGGGAAAAUUGUUCACGUAUACUAUUUUCUUGCAACACAAGCAAACACAUAAGAUUAAGAAAAAAAAACAUGCAAAGACAUGCAAGCGUCCUAGCCGAUAGAAUUCACUAUCUCUCCUUAAAGAAUCUUAUUCCCCUCAAGCACCCAAGGUUGUGGAAUGAUUCCUCCCAGGAUAGAAAGGACGUACCUUUUCCGGCGUAGCGGUACCUCAAACCCCGGAACCCAUCGAACGCAGCGAACCGGCGAGAACCACACUUGACUCGAUUUUCUCUUUGAAAAGAAUGCAGAAAAACUAGUUUUGGAUUUUGGCAGAGUUUCAGUACCGGGAAAAAUCCAUGUAAAACUCGUAGUCAAAACUAGAGGAGGUAUGGUGCUAUUUAUAGAAAAUGAAGGGAUGCAUUGAAGGGAGGCAACUCUUCAUAUGGGUGGUUACACCCCAACCAUUGCAUUGGUUCGUUUAAAAUAUUUCAACCAUUUCAUUGGUUCGGCCUCAUGGAAGUUGGACCGGUUUGGUUAUUCCAACCGGCAUAUCGGUUCGGUUCGAAUUGGUUCAACUCGGUUUGGUUCAUUUGGUUACACAAACCAAUUUAACCAAUUAACCACAUAUUACAUCAAAUCGAUCGAAUUCGAGGCCAUGCCUUCCCACAUCUUACCAACAUGGUACUUCAAGAGACUCUCUUGAAACUUUCCCCUUUUAUUUCCAUUCACACCACUAAAAUUCCCAACAAUCCCCCACAUGAAUGGAGAAUGUUGUACUUUAAAAACUAUGCAAAAUAUCGUGUGAUUCUCGACUAAGAAUUAGCUGCAUCGGAAUAGGUAGGUUUCCCUUUGAACCUUCCUUAGUGAACAUAUAUCGAGUAUACUCACCAAUCGGUAGAUGUGAUAUCUUUGAACCGUCGGUUUUGCUUGUAUACUAAGACAACAUAUGUCACACACCUAACUCUUAUCCGUUCACUGGUUCUCAUUGUUGUGUUCGUUUCAGCCAUGAACACCGCCUGGUCUCAUGAGUGCUUAGAAAACUGGCCUUCUUUUAUUCUCCUUGAAGCGGCUCCACUUCACACUCACAUAGGUGAUUUCUAAACAUGUAUUCCGAAAAUACACUAUUUGAUCAAAUCCUGUGUCAAACUUAGAAGCCAUUAAAAACCUUCCAUCUUUAGGUUUACCCUUAUAGUUGGACAUUGUCUCAUCAUGAGAAUGGACUUUGAAUAAUUUGACAAUGUCGGACCAUCAUUCACAACUUUGUUUUCUCAUUGAACCUAGAGGUUGGGUCUGCCAAUCCUGCUUAGGUAGAGUUACCGCCAUGAUGAUUUGUCCUAGGCCACGAGUCCAUUCCCUUCGAUGCUUUAACAAAUUUCUAGGUGGGCCCCACAUUUGUUAUCACUUGAUCUACAUGAUCAACUUAGAUAACUUCGCUAGAAAUUGACCUUAGUGUUAUGUUUCCAUUAUCAAUGACGAGAUUUUUCACAUAACACUUCUAGCCCUUGCAAUACCAAUUUUGUGCACAAGUGCGUUUUAUUAACGCCAGUCUUUGUGGGCCAAACUACUCAACUUCACCGGUCUUAGAGUUUAACUUGGACGUUUUCCAAGAUACUGCUCCUCGUUAGCCAGAAAUGCCUAUCCAUUAAUGGAUUGCCUUUUGGUUCAUCCGGUGAGUUCCCUUUGGGUACAGUACACCAAAGACUCGUCUCUUUCCAAUUCACUACACAUCUUGUGAGCUUGACUUGAUUUUAUUGUCUUGCAAUAAUCAUAACACAUGCCAACGGUAUUGAAGUCUCUCCACUUCAUUAACCUUAGAGUACUUAAGCUUCACAAGUAUCUCUUCAAAUGUAGUGACAUUUAUGACUUAGCUUAGAGUUUACGUUAAACUCCUAAGUAUUCACAUCACUUCACUUUGGAAUCACCCAAGCGACAUUCCACAUCACUUCUCCCCAAUUUAUCCCCCACAUUUCAACUAUUUCGCCAUAGUUGUUGAAACCAACGUUUCCGGGUUGGGGAAUGUUGUUCAUAUACAUUCAUGUAUAUGGUCAAAAUCAUCUCUUUAAGAAGAGUGGAUCAACAUCAAUAAAUAUUCUAGCCUCUGACAUAACGUCAAUAUAUGGUAGAGUUUACUCAUAAGUUAUACCCUUGGACUGGGUAAACUCCACAAGGUUUAAGGACACCUUCAUACUUUCAAGUAUGACUUUGCUUACCUUUCCACUUUUAUCUUAUGAAUAGGUUUGCGUCCCAUUGUAGGGUCUUGAGAUAGUAGCCGAAACAAUGGGCUCUUCUCCCCCACAAUUCUACUCUUUGCCAAACAUCAUGGAAUAAUCCCAUUUAUUUUUCAUGGUUUUACUUAUUGAACUUGCCAACCACUAUGUGUAUCUAAUUGUUUACCAAUGGUAUGAUCUCACUCGAUUAGCAUAACACAAACAGUUCAGAUUUUAUUAGAAAAAUCAUCCAAUUACUUACCAAUGGUAUUGAUCAAUGCAACUUGAGAUGUCAUAAGUAAUUCAGAUGCAUUCCAGUAAUGGAAAUCCCAUCUAAUUACUUUCCAAUGACAUUUCAUAUACGUAACAUGAUAUACCACAAGUAAUUCAAACGGAUUUCUAAUUCAAUUGUCUAAUUACUUUCCAAUGGUAUAAACUUCAUAAAUAUACCACAAGUAAUCCAGUCUUUAACUUCAAUCAGAUCAUCUCAAUUGACCUCUCAUUCCAAUUUGUUUUCCAAUGAUAUACAUUUAUAUAUACCAUAAACAAUUCCUGGCAAUUAGCUCCACGUUGAUAAUCAUAGUCAAAUUGUUUUUCCAAUGGUAUAGUGUACUUAUACCAUAAGCAAUUCUGACCUAAUGCUUAUCUUGAUGACAACCAUCAUUUGACAAGCUUAUUAAAUCCGUAUAAGGAUCAAUCACUUCAUUUUCCUUGCCCUCGUGGCAUAGGAAUCAUCAAGUCCUAAAUCACAUGCAUGAUAAACAAAUUAUCAUGUCUUGACCAACAUCGUUGGAAUUACAAUUCCUUGUCGCUUGUGGAUAAACAAGCAUUAAACAAACUUCAUCUCCACACAAUGGAGGUAUCUUUUCGUACUAUGUUCAAUUUACUUUGAACAUAACUUAUGCAAUCAAUUUGGAACCAUUCCGGCCCAGAUAGAUAUGAUUCACAAGUCCCCACUUGCCACGCGCCAUAGGUUUUACAUACCUAUGAAUGUUCAUAGUUUCCCACUAGAUAGUUUAUUACUAUCCAAACCACCGUUACUUAGAGUCCAUGAAGGACUAUCAUAAGUACUUCCAUCACUCUCAUGCAUCACCUUGAAUGAAAAAGUGUCCAAAUU